AUGGAUAGCUACGAUUUUAUUGCAAAUUGGCGCCUGGUAAAAGGACUCUUCGCUGAUGCCUGGGCGGUCCUGCGUAACAAAGCUCGUCCCCAGCAACUAAUGCUGCAUUAUCACAGGGCCUUUAUGGUCAUAUUGGGCAUAUAUCCAAAUAAAAAAAUGCUAUCGAACGGAGUAUAUAAGACAGUUCAUUACUUCAUUUUGUUGAAUAUAACUCUCUUUCUAAUACCGGUUUUGUGCGGCGCCUACGAAUGGAAUAAUGCCAUUGAUAUGGGCGGCGAUUUUGUCUGGAUAAUUGGAAUAAGCCUAAUACUAACAAAGAUGUGGUAUGUUCACUUUCGUGCUGAUGAAAUCGAUAAUGUUAUCAAGAACUUCGACUCUUAUUACACGAAUGCGCAGUCAAAAACAAUCGACCCCAUCAUCUUGGGUUGGGAGCGUUUUUGUUUUCUCAUCGAAAUCGGCUUACUCUCAAGCUCUAUUGUAAUACUGUUGUUCUUUUACUUGGCCAUUUGUGUUCCACCACUUUUUACUGACCAAGAGCUGGUUUAUCAUGCCAUCUAUCCUUUCGAAUGGCAUCGCCCUGAAAAGCAUCCGACAACGCACAUGAUCAUUUAUGUACUUCAGACCAUUACUUCAUGGCACAAUCUGAUGUCCAUUCUACAGAUCGAGCUACUGGGCAUACAUAUUAUGUUGCAAACAACUCUGAAUCUGAAGAUUCUUUGCAUUGAAAUUCGCAGCUUGGGAGAACUGGAAGGUGGCGAUCAAAUAUUUCACAUGAAAUUCUGCCGGGUUGUAAAGUUACAUCAGCACCUUAUACGAACUGUGGAGAAGUGCAAUAGUGUUUUCUAUGGAUCGUUUGUUACCCAUCUAAUAGCUAGCUUUGCUCUAAUAUCGGUGUCAACUUUCGAGACCCUUGUAAGCGCAGACGACCCAAAGGAGUCUGCCAAGUUCUUACUAUUUGUGAUCGUUGCAUUCCUGCAGUUAUCCUUUUGGUGUGUCACAGGCAAUACGGUGUGCGUACAGUCUUUGGAGGUAGCGGAGGCCGCUUUCGAUAUUAAAGACUGGCACACUAAAUCCGUAGAUAUACAGCGAAAUAUAAUGUUCGUCAUACAGCGCGGUCAGCAUCCGUUAAUUUUUGUUGCCAAACCCUUCUUGCCCUUCACACUGGUUACCUAUACAAUGGUUCUCAAGCAGUGCUUCAGCAUUCUGGCCCUGUUGCGUGAAACCAUUUAG